UCUUUGCCUAUCCCUUUGACCAAGGAUCUUUGCUGCAAAGGCUGGGUAUCAGCUGUGCUCAGUGAAGCAAGAACUUAGCAGGAAUAGUUCCGGUUAAGGUUAGGAGGCUGCCACCAAAGUCUCUUUUGUUCCUCUUCCCCUGUUUGCCUGCUUGUCAUGAGAUCUUCUUGCUAAGCUGGCAGAAAGAUUGCAUAGUCAGUGCUUCCAGCUCCUCUCCCACCUGAUCCUGCACUGUCAUCUGGUCCCUGAAUGAAUGAAUUCUGAUACCCAAUCUUGUCUUGAGCCUUCUCUGUACCACUCGUGACUCCUCCUCUGCUCUUUCCAUCUUUCUGCUGAGAGUUCCUGGCUCUGUACUUCCUCUUGGCCCAUCUCACUUCCUGAAACACCCCUGAAGAGGGUUGCUUAUCUCGAUGGAACUCAAAAACCCAAAAAGCUGCAGGCAGAGGCCUUGAGGGCAUAGGUUUGGGGAACUAAGAGCAGCAGCACUUUCAGAUUCAGUCCAUAUAGAACUGUCCUCCAGGGUUCUGGGAAUCUGAGGAUGUGCAGCACGUAAAGGGGUUGGAAGAGAUCCACCUGUGAUGAGCCCUUUCUAAGAGAUCACCCCACCAGAAAAGAAUAGGAAUGAACGAGUUGGGAGUUUUAGACUGUGACUGCACAUGGACCUCUGGGAAGACGUCUGGAGAGAGCUAGGCCCACUGGCCCUACAGACGGAUCUUGCUGGCUCACCUGUCCCUGUGGAGGUUCCCCUGGGAAGGCAAGAUGCCCAACAACAGCACUGCUCUGUCAUUGACCGAUGUUACCUACAUCACCAUGGAGAUUUUCAUUGGACUCUGCGCCAUAGUGGGCAACGUGCUGGUCAUCUGGGUGGUCAAGCUGAACCCCAGCCUGCAGACCACCACCUUCUAUUUCAUUGUCUCUCUAGCCCUGGCUGACAUUGCUGUUGGGGUGCUGGUCAUGCCUUUGGCUGUUGUCGUCAGUCUGGGCAUCACAAUCCACUUCUACAGCUGCCUUUUUAUGACCUGCCUACUGCUGAUCUUUACCCACGCCUCCAUCAUGUCCUUGCUGGCCAUCGCUGUGGACCGAUACUUGCGGGUCAAGCUUACCAUCAGCUCCAUCUCCCCUACCCUUUAGCAAUUCCUGCUGUGGACUCACUGGCUCUCUUCAUUCACACAGAUACAAGAGGAUCACAACUCACAGAAGAAUAUGGCUGGCCCUGGGCCUUUGCUGGCUGGUGUCAUUCCUGGUGGGACUGACCCCCAUGUUUGGCUGGAACAUGAAACUGACCUCAGAGUACCACAGAAAUGUCACCUUCCUUUCAUGCCAAUUCCUUUCUGUCAUAAAAAUGGACUACAUGGUAUACUUCAGCUUCUUCACCUGGAUUUUCAUCCCCCUGGUUGUCAUGUGCACCAUCUAUCUUGACAUCUUUUACAUCAUCCGGAACAAACUCAGUCAGAACUUCUCUAACUCCAAAGAGACAGGUGCAUUUUAUGGACGGGAGUUCAAGACAGCUAAGUCCUUGUUUCUGGUUCUUCUCUUGUUUGCUCUGUCAUGGCUGCCUUUAUCCAUCAUCAACUGCAUCAUCUACUUUAAUGGUGAGGUACCACAGCUUGUGCUGUACGUGGGCAUCCUGCUGUCCCAUGCCAAUUCCAUGAUGAACCCUAUCGUCUACGCCUAUAAAAUAAAGAAGUUCAAGGAAACCUACCUUUUGAUCCUCAAAGCCUGUGUGGUCUGCCAUCCCUCUGAUUCUUUGGACACAAGCAUUGAGAAGAAUUCUGAGUAGUUAUCCAUCAGAGAUGACUCUCUGUCUCACUGACCUUCAGAUUCACCAUCAACAAACACUUAAGGGCCUGUAUGCCUGGGCCAAGGGAUUUUUACAUCCUUGAUUACUUCCACCGAGGUGGGAGCAUCUCUGGUGUUCCCCAGUUUUAUCUCCCCCACUCCACUACUCUCUUCCUCCACUUCAUUUUCUCUUGUCCUUCUUCUCUAUUCAGUAUUUUGGAGGCCUGACUUGAGGACAACGUAUUAUUGAUACUAUUGUCUGUUUUCCUUCUUCCCAAAUAGAAGAAUAAGUCAUGGAGCCUGAAGGGUGCCUAGUUGAUUUACUGACCAAAGGCUCUAGUUGGGCUGAACAUGUGUGUGGUGGUGACUCAGUUCCAUGUCAUUGUAGAAUUGAGCAGAGAACCUGCUCUCGGAGGAUGCCUAGGAGAUAUUGGGAACAGAAGGAAUGAACUGAGUUUAAGGGGGACUUAAACUGCUGAAUUCACCUGUGGAUGUUUUUGAGUAAAUAAAAGAUAAUAGCUAA